UUGGAAAUGUAUAUAUAUAUAUUGUUUGCACUUUGUUGUCACGUGUAAAAUGAUGUUAAAUAUCAAAACCGGCAGGUGAAUUGCACUUACUUAACAUAAAUAAAAUCAUUUUACAGUCAAACGAAUAUCCAUGCAGUAUCACCUUUAAAUGUGUUAAGUUGUUUUUCAUGAAUUAAACUUGCAUAGUAAAUGUGUACUACAGGUGUACCUACAAGGUGUACAGAACGUUGACAUGCUCUAUCAGUCCCUUUAAGAGAUAUUUAUAGAACAGAGGGAUUUACGUGUGUGCCUCGAGUGACGGGUCUCCACUUAUCGCGGGGUCGAUCUAGUCAGUAAAUACGUACUGUGUGUACAAAACAAGAGGGGUCUUGAAAGUGAAAAUUGUAUUGUCGUAUUUGUACGUGGUGGUCAUGUAAUGGACAUGUGAAAAUAUGGAAAGUGUGUGUUCAUAUCAGGAUAUAUUCGAAAACCGGAAAUACAAAGUGAUAUUGACAAGGCGGUUAGCACGGCAACUGGGUGUGGAGAAUCUUGAUUACUUGACUCAUGAGCCUUACAAUGAGCCUCAUGUCGAAUUACAAUACAAAGAGUGUGGGAUUGAGACCCCAGGUCUGGACGAAGUGGACUGUUCCAAACACGAAACUUCUGGCCCCACAAAUGGACACCAUGUGGGAAUACAACAUGGAGACAUACCAACAGAGAUUCCAGGUGGUCGUAUUUCUGAGAAAGCACAUUCUGCAGACGAGGUAGACAAUACGGUGGGCCACCGCGUGGAUAUUGUUGACGCGAAAAUGGGUGUUCGCGAGGAAGACUCUAAGAAAAAACCAAACCAGUUUUAUCCAUUUUCCAUCAUCGAUUUCUUCGGAAUAAGUUUUUCUGUCGUGUUUUACUGCAUUGAUUUCUUGACGGAUAUUUUAUUAGCGAAAGGUUACUAUGACGACGGAAUGACGUUUGAGUGUAUAUUGACGUCAUCUUUAGUCGCUUCCUCGUUUCUGGUAACAGGAAUCUUGAGUUCGAUUUGGCACACACAGGAAAAAUCCCACCGACAUAUUUGUCUUGUGAUUCUACUGUUUCCAUUUGCUACUAUAGAAAGGAACAUAUCCUACAUCUUUCAUGGCUGCAGAAGUAAACAAAGACCCAACAAAGAGUACCAUUACAUCGAGAUGAUCUUUAAUGAUCGGGAUGCCAGUCUUCUUCGGAUGUUUGAUGCUUUCAUAGAAUCCGCCCCUCAGUUAGUCCUACAAAUCUACCUCCUUCUCAAAGAGCAAGAGAAUCUCAGUGGCUGUGAUGAAAUAUCCAUCCGCAGUCGUAAGUUUCGUAUCUCAGUGUGCAUUGUCAUGGUCAGUGAUUUGUUGCCCUUUAAUUUUCUUGGGUCAUUUAAUAACCGAGCAGUCAAACAUUUACCGUGUAUUGGCGUCAUAUUUAUAGAGCACUAGUAACCAAAGCAAACCGAAACAAACGAAGACACACAUGUACAAUGUAAGAUACCCAAAAGAAUUAUUUUAGAAUUUUGUAAAAUUAUUUGUUAAUGUUUUAAUACUGCUAAAAACCCAUAUUUACCACAAAAUUUCCAUUUGAAACCACCUUUAUUUUUGCAUUAUGCUCAAAUCUUUACUUUAAAAUUCAAUGAAAAAGCAUUACCUAAAAAUUGAAAUCCUUCAAAAAACGUCUUUUUAUUGGUGCAUUUCGUAACCCCCCCCCCCCCCCCCCAAUUUACGUGAAAAAUGAUAGGACUAAUUAUAUGAUAAAGAUUUGUCAUACUAUUGUGUUGAUAUACCGCCUAAAUAACCUUCAGUACUAAUUUGAAAACUUAAAAAUUGAAAUAGAGGCUGCCAUGAUGUGGAACUCUUUUAUAUUGAAGACCACUAAAAUCAAUAAUUUUGACGCGUCACACCGUCUGUUCCGGUUUUGAUGAGAUUCUAAGAUUGUCAAAGAUGCAUGUGAUUGUGGUAGAUUUUACGAAUAAAUAGGUUGAUGCCUUCCUGUCAAGCAUUUAAUUACACUAAUGCAAAGGGGAGAUGUGAAAAAAGUUUUUUCGAAAUUCCUGACCCAACCAAGUCAUCUGAAAAGAAAAGACUCAGUAUACUGUGGAUCCAUCAUUUGCGUAAUGACAAGUUGAGGUUCGAAACAUUUGUAUGAAGAAACGUGUACCGUCUACUUGGUGUGCGACUCAACUAAACGUCUUCUUUUCUCAAUGUCUUCUUGCGAAAGAACGGGCUCAAAUCUAUACGGCUCCAAACUUAACUGUUCGUGACUUGUCAUGUUUACAGUGCUGCUGGUGAAAUAACCGGAACCGACGGUGUGACGUCAUAAAUCAAACUUCAAUGGCCGCUCUCUUAGCAGCGGGUAAUUUAAAAUAAAUGAUAGAUUAAUAUAUAUUUAAUCGUUAAGCAAUGUUUGGGUUGUUAAAGACUGUCAUUUACGAUACCAGUAAGUACCCGGUAAUACUCUAUUUAUAAAAGCAACAAUGCGGUUAUGGUUGUCUUUCCCUUUAAUGGCUGGUUUACAUUUUUGUUUGAUCAAAUAAUAGCAAAUCACACGUAAACACAACAGAAUCCUAAUUCAUUUGAUGCGUCCAAAAUCUGGGGUAUCACAUGACCUUAAUCCACAACGACAAAUUAUAAAACUAGUAUGUAGUACGUGAAAUCUAUCAGUAUAUUCAUUAUAGUACACCAAUCCAAAAUACACAGGAGAUAAAAAUGCUCACCUUUAUGAAUUAAAAAUUGUAUAUAUUAUAUAUUUUUUCAUUUGUGUUAUCAAUGGACAAAACUAAUUUGUGAUUUGGAAAAUAUUUACCCUUUCCCGUGGGGUGUAUAAAGUUCUAGUGAAAGUGUGUCCUGCUAACGAAUCUCCAUUUCUAUAACUUGGUUGUGAAUGGAAGUUUCAUAUUACCCCAAAUCAGCAAAAUUUAUUUACAAGAGUAAAUUGAUUCUUUUACAGUAAACUAAUUAAAAUUUUUUUUACUAGUAAAUACUACAAAACUCGGGUUACAAUAUAAAUGUACAUGUAAUCCCUGUAACUGAUUUUGAUUGUGAAUAUCAUUUGUGGAAUUGUUACACACAAUUAAUUCAUUCAAGUGCGCGUCCCCCUUUAUAAAUCAAUCUUAUUUUUCCAGAUAUCCUUCGAUUGUUUACGAUCCUGUCCUCCUGGAUGUCUGUCUCCUGGUCAGUGACGGCGUACUACCGAGCGCUGCGCGUUAGCAACGCCAUGCACAAAACGAGACAAAAGACCAUAUUCGCCGCGGCUGGAUACCUGCUGUGGAGAGCUUUCGAAAUAGGACCACGGGUGUUAGCAUUAGUCAUGAUCAUUCUCAUGAACCCCAUUAUUUUUAUUUUAAUUAUAGUCUUUCAUUGGUUUAUUUUUGUCACGUGGUCAUUUGCGACGAAAGUGAAGCCGUACAAGAAACGUUACGAAAACGUAAUUUUUAUUUUGUUUAUUGGAUUCGUACAAUUGUUUUCCUUCAUGAACGUGAGUUCUGGUAAAUCUCGAUACAAUGCUCUACUUUAUUAUAGCUUUUUUUACAUUGAAAAUAUUACAAUUUUAGUUUUAUGGAUUUUUAUUAAAAAGGUUUCUUUUUGUCCCUGGAUCUACUACGGAGCCAUUGGAAUCGUCUCCGCUGGCCAGUUAUUUAAUUUAAUUUUUAUUGCAUCGUUUUAUAAACUAUGUCACCCCAAAACAGCAAUUUGUUAAUAAACUUAAUUUUGUUUUGGA